AUGUUCAUUGACCUGACGGCAGACUCAGAGUCGGACGGGUCAAAUAAGGUGAGUUUGCUGGGCUCGAGCCGACGCAUCUCAAGCCAAGAGGCCCGGAGUAUUGGACGCAGACAGAGUCCACGACGCUUCAGCGCCUGGCCAGCCACUGCUCCUUCUGCCUACCAUUCACCCACCCCGGACUCUUCUUCAGCUUCUAUCCCCCAUUCCACCAUCCCAGAUGUCAUCGUCCCUCCCCCAUCAUCUCGCCAGUUGAAACAUAAACCCCCUGGAUAUCCCUCCAUCAACGGCCGUGCAUCAUCCUCUUCCUCCUCCUCCCUAGAAUCCAAACCAACUCCCCCACUCCAUAUCCCCACAGCCCUCUCACAGACCUACUACCCGACAGACGCCUACCAAAGGAAAGCCAUCAAGGGCGCCUACCCGAAGGCCAAGAGGGUCAAGCGAGCCGACACGCCCCUGGUGCUCGGCGCCCCGGGCCCGCUGCUGACCCGACCCCCUGACGUCCGGCACCAGACGCACCAGACGAUGCAACGCAAGCUGCGGGCCAUCCGGGGACCGGAGGUCACCUAUGACCCGGCCGCCGAGCCCCGCCUGGCGGACUUCAUCAUGAACUUCGAGUUCGUCAACACCAACCCGCUGCGCAAGGGCGUGGUCCCCGUGUCCGAGGACUUCAACGCCGGGUGCACCUGCGACGGGGCGUGCGACCCGGCGACCUGCCUGUGUCUGUCCAAGGAGGAGGACGAGAGCAACACGAAUAUCGUGCCGUACCGGGGCGCCCCGGACGACCCGCACAUGAUGGUGCUGGAUCCGAAGUUCCUGACGCGCAAGGCCAUGAUCUACGAGUGCAGUGACCGGUGUGGGUGCAAUGCGGGGUGCUGGAAUCGUGUGGUCCAGAAAGGACGCACCGUGCGGCUGGAGAUUUUCUACACGGGGGAUCGUGGGUUUGGCCUCCGCUCACCGGACCGUAUCCGCGCCGGCCAAUUCAUCGACUGCUACACCGGCGAAGUGAUCACCACCGCGGCCGCCGAUCUCCGCGAAGCGAUUCACGCAGCGCACGGUACAUCCUACCUCUUCAGUAACGACGAGGACGAUCAAGACGACGAAGCCACCGAGUCCGGCUGCAAGUACGUGAUGGACGGGCGUAACUUCGGCGGCCCGACUCGCUUCAUCAACCACUCGUGUAACCCGAACUGCCGCAUGAUCCCGGUGUCCCGCAACCACGCCGAUCGCGACCUGUACGAUCUGGCCUUCUUUGCCCUGCGCGAGAUCCCGCCGAACACGGAAUUGACCUUUGAUUAUAACCCCGGGUCUGAGGGGGGCGGCGGCGGCGGCGGCGGCGUCGUCGUCAGCAAGGACGCCAAAAUCGAUCCCUGCGCGGUGCGGUGUCUCUGCGGCGAGGCGAACUGUCGGGGUCAGUUGUGGCCGAAUCAGAGGAAGAAGGGGGUGCGGUGAGAUGAAUUGCAGGGUGAUCGUGUUGGUCACUGGGUUCUGCUUGCUUGCUUUGCAUGCCCUGAG